AGCACUUUAAGAGUCGACCACAGAAUCAGCCCGUAGCGAGGAAACGAUGACAGCCUGUUGUUUCCUCCCUGAUUCACAGAGAACCGCACAGGAGGACUGGAGGUAGGAGGCAGUACCAGUACAGGCAGCAUGGGAAAAAAGGAGAGGCUGGAGUGAGCUGCUACUGCUUGCUCACUCACAUCAGCCUCAGCCAGAGUUCCAGGACACUAAGGUAACAUGAUGGUGGCUGAAAAUAUAUAAAGUGUGUGUCAAGGUGUUCAUACAUGUAGAUGGUGAAGAGCCACCUCCCUGAAAUGCAUUUUUCCAAGUUGGGAUGUAUGCAAAUGUGAUCUGUACACCUAUCUAUAUAUAUAUAUAUAUAUAACUACUAAUAUGCCAAAUGUAACAAAUUAUCCCAGUGUAUAACAUGGAUAAAGCUACUUAGCUUGCAGCUUCCCAAGGUCCCUUUCCUGUUGGUAACUGCAUACAAAUAUGAUACAAUAUAGAAAUUAGGAUACAACCACGUAUCUAAGGGGGAAAAAAAGGAUAACAAUUAAUAGUGCAACACUGUUGAUAAUCAAAGAGUGGUGCCCCCACUAAUUGUGGCACUCAGACUCCAAAUGUUUAAGGCACCUUAAGGUUGCCUUCUCUCUGUGGGAGGUCAGGAUCCUCUGCUAAUCUGCCAAAGUAUGAGGACCAGCACCAUAUUAUAAAGCAAGAAUGCCACUAGAAUCCCAGCAAUGUUUAUUAUUCUUGGCGUUCUGACUGUGGAGUGUUAAGCUUCCAAUAUUCUUCACUAGGCCGGCUGAACCUAAGGGAACACGUGACUCAUCCAAACGCCCAGUCCGCCUCCAGUAACCGACAGCUGCUACCAUAGAGAUUUGUCACAGGGCAAGAGAAGCACUUGCAGCGGAUAGAGCGGCACUGCCGUAGAGUUACCGUAAAGCGCCCCUGGAAAGGAGACUUUCUUCCUCCGGCAAGAUGGCGCAGACGAUGAAUAUUACCGACCUCUCGCUGCAGCAGUUGGAGGGGUUGAAAAGCCAGCUGGACCAGGUAUAUGGCCGUAACGUGUACUCAGUGCGGUGUCAUUCCAGCCCCAGCCGUAUGAGUGUAUAUGAGCGAGCGGGCAGGCAGAUAGCCCUGUGUGUGAGUGCCGUACAGCACGCCCUGGCUGCCCUGCAAUGAGCACAUGCUUACUCUGUUCAAGUUACAGGAGAAUAACAGUCACAAAAUAAUGUGUACCUAAUGCAUUAAGAUUUAUUUUAUUUGUAUUUUAUUUCUAAGCACCAAAGUACAUUAACCCCUUAAGGACCAAACUUCUGGAAUAAAGGGGAAUCAUGACAUGUCACACAUGUCAUGUGUCCUUAAGGGGUUAAAGCCUAUUGAUAGUUUAUGGUGCAGGCAGUCUUCAGAUUCUGCCUUUUGUUUUCUGUCAAAGGUGUUAAUUUAUGAAAGGGGAACAGUCAACUAGUCCCUGGCACAAAAGGGGAUUAUAUCUCUGGAUAUGCUGUGGUCAUGGUGUUUGGAGAAACCCUUUAAUAUGUAUUUGCGAGUUGUGAAAAAAAAAAACAUUUUUUUUUUUAGAAACAAUCAUUUCUUUGUACUGCAACUGGACACCUCCAUCUUGGUUACCUGUUAAGUUAUCUCUCUCUCCAUUGCACCAGGAAGUUGGUAUAAAGAAAGUAUGCAGAAAUUAAACAGUGGAGGUUAUGUAUAAAAACUGUUGUGUUCUGAAGUGCUAAAUGUGGGGCUGUUGCCAUAGGAACCAGCAGGCACAUUGCAUUGGUGACACCGUCCCUCUUCUGCUUUUCGGAACAGAUGCGUUUUUUUUUUUUUCAUAACUGUUAAUGUUUCUCCUCAUGUGGAAAGUGUGCCUGGACUGAAGUGUUUUAAUUUACCUUUACAUAAAAAAAGAGUUAAACGUUUUAUAGGUGAUUUUCAAUGUUUUAUUCAUUGUUGUAGUUUCCAUAGAAGUGAUCAUUCCACUUUAACUUUUUUGUGUCUGUCGACAUACCCUAUAUGAGGGCAGUCCAUUUUGCUAUUAUGAAGUGAGUGCCGCCAAUUGCAGCAAGACAUAACUAUUACCGGAUUUCUCACUAGUGAGGCAAUCCAGCAAUAGCCUCAUAUCAUUGGUGGUUAGUGGCAAUAUUACUAGGUUAUUGCUGGACGUAUCAAGCAAGAAACGUCAAGCAGUAGUAUUUCAAAGCCUGCCACUUGCAUCAGAGCUCUGUAACAGCAGAGCUUCUUAACUCCCAAACACCACAUCCUUCUAUGUUUUACCUAGUUAAUCAGUAAAUAUUAUUUGUAUAGCACAGAGUUAUUUAAUGAAUAUUUGUGAUUGCUUCAGGAAGUGGAGUUCUUGUCUUCGUCCAUCGCUCAGUUAAAAGUGGUACAGACCAAGUAUGUGGAAGCCAAGGAGUGUCUGAAUGUGUUGAAUAAGAAUAAUGAAGGUGAGUGAUCCUUCGUAAUCAGAUCCUUCUACUGAAUGUAUCCUAAUAACUGUCCAUCUUUUUAACGGUGUUUACAUCUCUUGCAGGAAAAGCCAUACUUGUUCCUCUGACAAACUCUGUAUCCUUUUUCCAUUGGAGCAGUGUUAUCCAGUUACUAUUUAAAGCAUAUUUAGCAGAUACCCCAUAUAUUUUAUUUGCAGUGUGGUAGUCCAGGACUACAGAGGAAGGUAUUUUUUACUUUCUUGAAUAUGUACCUUUCUUGAACAUAUAUAUCUCUGUGUUGUAAGUAAAUCUUGCCCUAAAGAACAAAUCAUUGCAUUUGGAGAUGACUAACAAAUCGAUUUGUUUGUACAUAGAUUAACACGUAUUUGAUUUGUUCAGUGCAGUUGAAAGAUAUUUGUGCAGAAGUCUAAUAACCGCACACCCAACAUGUAAACUGUUUUGUUGAAGAUUCUGUAUUUGUAUAUACGGUAGUUUAGAUUUUGAAGUAAUUUGGAGGCCACAUUCUGUUUUUGUGCUUGGAUUUUCUUCUUAACUCAUCUUGCCAUGCAGAUGUAUGUGCCUGGAACUCUGAAUGAUGUGGCAAAGGUGCUGAUAGAUGUGGGCACCGGAUAUUAUGUUGAAAAGGUGAGUACUGCUUACCUGCAUCUCGCGUUUCAUUUAAAGGCCAGCACUGUGCAACGUUGAUUAAGCUCGUUUGAGCGGGGUCCUCUCCAACCUAUCGUUCUUGUAAGUGUUUUUUUUUUUUUAAUUGUCCUAUUUAUAGUUAAAUCCCCCCUCUCAUAAUAUUGUAAAGCGCUACGGAAUCUGUUGGCGCUAUGUAAAUGAUGAUAAUAAUAAUAUGAACACUUAUUAAAUAACCAUGUGACUAUCAGAGUAAAAUUUAGUUGAUUUGCACGUUGUUGUAAUAUAUAUAUUUUUUUAAUAUAAUUUUUUUCUGUGGUCUCUUGCAUAUUUUAGAAUACAGUAAAUUAUGGUUGAUUCUUAUUAAGGGGCCAUAUUGCAGUUUUGCUCACCUAUAUUUCUGAUCUGUCUUUUUUUUUUUUUUUCUAUUCUCAAAUCUGUUUCCUCAGACUGUAAAUGAUGCCAAAGAUUUCUUCAAAAGGAAGAUAGAUUUUCUUACAAAGCAAAUUGAGAAGAUUCAACCAGCUCUGCAAGAGAAGCAUUCAAUGAAGCAAGGUGAGUUAGGAUCUCACCUAUAUUGGUAACUUGCCAUGAUAGCUAUAUUCUAUUCUUCCUCCACUACCCUUAAGUCCCAGCUUGUUAUUAUGACCAGUCAUGUUAUGGAUAUUUAUGGUCUCUGUAUUCAGUGACCAACAAAGUGGGUUUAAUAGCCUAGUUUAGAAAAAUAUGGAAAUAAAAUAUAACAAAAAAAGGAUUGCUGGUCUUCAUGUGGAAGUUGCGAAGCACAAAAAAUUGGCCAGUGUAUACGUGGUGUUGGGAGAUAAAGUUGGAAAGUUUACAGAAUAGCAUUUCUCUUCGGUAUCAAUAUGAGUGGGGGUGGACAAAUGGCUGCAGCUUAAAUGACCACUAUAGUGCCCUGAGGGUGCCCCCUCCCGCCGGGCUCUGGGGAGAGGAAGGGGUUAAACUUACCUCUUUCUCCAGCGCCGGGCGGGAGCUCUCCUCUCCUCCCUCUUCUCCUCCUCUUCGGCUGAAUGCGCAUGCGCGGCAGGAGCCGUGCGCGCAUUCAGCCAGUCCAUAGGAAAGCUUUCACAGUGAGAAGCACGCAAGCGCCUCUAGCGGCUGUCAAGAGACAGCCACUGGAGGCUGGAUUAACCCAUUUAUAAACAUAGCUGUUUCUCUGAAACGGCUAUGUUUAUUAAAAAAAAAAAAAGGGGUUAACCCUAGCUGGACCUGGCACCCAGACCACUUCAUUAAGCUGAAGUGGUCUGGGUGCCUAUAGUGGCUCUUUAAGUAAAUUGAAAAGUAGUGCUCCUUUACACAUAUUGGAAGCAUAGUUAUAUUUGCUUGUAGUGUCCCUUUAUAAAUGUGUAUGAUGAGUAAUGAAAUAUAAAUUGAUUAUUGUUAUGACCUACAGAAGCAGUUGGGGGUGGUGGGGAGUUGUUUGUACAUACUUCCCCUCCACGUAAAACAGCUGAUUUAUUUUUCUGUGAUUUGAGUAAUUCAGUGUUUUGCAUUCUUAAACCUUUAAUAGUUAAAUGGACACUAUAGGUAGCCAUACCACUUCAUCUCAUUGAAGUGGUCUGGGUGAGAGUCUGGGACCUCGGUGCUGAAAACAGGGAGGGGUGGAAGACCUAAUUAGGGACAGGUCAUACUAUAGCAUUAGUCAGUUUUGUAUUCCCAACGCCAGAGGGUUCAUUUAGUGGGACACUGUUGGUAUUAUCAUAACUACAGUUUCAGGUAGUGUGUAUUGUGCAAAGAGGCUAGCAUAAUUGUUUAAAAUUCGUCCAGGGACCCAUUGUCCAUAAUGAUAAUGCUGCAUUUACACAAUACCCAUAUGAAUUCUGUCCAAACUGGACUGCAGUGAUAGGCUGAGAGUGCUGGAGGCAGGCAUGUCUACUGUCCAUCGUCCAUUCAGUUUAAAGCUACCUCAGACACUCAAAGGGUUCAUACUGUUUGCCAAUGCUGUUAUUGUGCCAAUUGUUCUAAAAUGUGAGCAACUUUGAAUGUCUUAUUUCUGUGCUUGUAUUUUCCAGCUGUCAUCGAAAUGAUGAGCAUAAAAAUCCAACAGCUGUCAGCAGCUCAAGCUGGGACAUCCAAGGCUUAGGUCAAGCUCCAAAAAUGCUUCUCCUUAGAACUUCUCUGUGCAGAGCAGGAACGGCUCACUGCAUUUGAGGAGUGAAGGCUGAUUACUGAUGGCACUGGCCUAAUUUGUCAAUGCAGUAAAAAAAACAAAAAACCUUUCUGCUACAGGCAUCAGCCAAGUGGUUAAUCACAAACUACAGCUUCCUCAACAAAGGAGUUAACUUAUUAUGUUCUUUUUGUCAUGUGUUAUUUUUUUAUUCCAAACAUAAAAAGCAUUGAAAUGAAAUGUCUGUUUCCUUUUACUUUUUGAUUUCAUGUUCAGUUUGAUUUUACACUUGCCUUGCAGACGAAUUUACUGAACUCACAAGAACUGCAACAUCAUAAUUCUAAUUUAAGAGGCUGUCCAUCAAAUUCAGUCUUUCACGCAUAAAUGUUCCUGUUGUUGCUGCAAAAGAAGGCAAAAAACAGAUUUUAGAUGCAAUUUAGUUUGCCACAAAUAGACCGAUUUAAUUCUUCACUCUCAAAAAGAUAGAUUUCUCUUUUAGAUCCUCAAGCUCUCUUAUCCCACAUUGAAUAUGGUUUUUAAUAAACUGUACAGAAUCUGACAGAUUGACCUUUUUAGACACAGAAUUCCAUGUGUUCUUACUGUAAAGAACCCUUCCCUCUGCUAUAGGUGAAAUCUCACUUCGUUAUCUUUUGACUUAUUGUACAGUUCUAUUAAUGAACAGAUUACAGAGCACUUUUGUAUAUUCUUAUCCAUUCUAACAUGUUAGUUGUAAAUAAGCUCAGGUUUUCUAUUUUUUUUUUUAAACUAAGAUCAUCAAUUCCCCUUAUUAUAUUUGUAAUUUCCC